AUGCUGGUUCAAGGAUUUGACGAUCUUUUACAUUUCGGUGUGUUACUCUCGAUAGUUGUGCGUUGGGCGGUUUCACGCUUCCCGUACUCAGGUGCUGGAAAACCCCCAAUGUUUGGUGAUUAUGAAGCACAACGCCAUUGGCAGGAAAUAACUCUCAACUUGCCUGCAGAAGAGUGGUACAGAAAUUCAACACAAAAUGAUUUAUUGUACUGGGGCUUAGAUUACCCACCUUUGACAGCUUAUCAUAGUUUGAUAUGUGGAUAUGUAGCCAAAUUCUUUAAUCCAGACUGGGUGCAACUUAACACCUCUAGAGGCUUUGAAAGCUACGAUCAUAAGAUUUUCAUGCGUUCAACGGUUUUAAUUGCUGAUUUAAUAUUUUAUAUUCCUGUUAUCUUAUACUGGACAACAGUUGCAAGACCUCACAAAUUGAGGGACAAGGCAAUUGCUGCAAGCUUAUGUUUACUAUAUCCAGGAUUGAUUCUCAUUGACCAUGGUCAUUUUCAAUAUAAUUCUGUAAGUCUUGGGCUUACCUUGUUUGCUGUUGUUUCCUUAAUGCGGGGCUAUGACAUACUUGGAGCUGCCUUCUUCACCUUGGCUCUACAUUACAAACAGAUGACCUUGUAUUAUGCUCUUCCAUUUUUUUGCUACCUCUUAGGCUCCUGUAUGCAUUUGCCAAAUCAGAAAGGAGCAAUAAAAUUUAUUAUGCUAGCUGUAACAGUAUUAGGUGUGAGUGGGCUGUGUUGGAUUCCCUUCUUGAAAAGUGUAGAUGAUGCUUUGGUAGUGUUGCAACGACUUUUCCCUUUUUCUAGAGGGCUGUAUGAGGAUAAAGUUGCCAACAUUUGGUGUGUGCUAUCUAUUUUUAUCAAGCUAAAAGCCUUGUUUUCAACUUCCAGUCUUGUUAUUCUCAGUACCGCAAGUACUUUGCUAUCCACUUUGCCAUCCUGUUUGUUGUUGUUGAAGAAUCCUAGUAUGCAUAAAUUCAGACUUGCAUUAGUGAAUAGUUCCUUAGCUUUCUUUUUGUGUUCUUUUCAAGUGCAUGAAAAAAGCAUAUUAUUACCAGCAUUGCCAAUCUUGCUGUUACUUGAAGAUCAUCCUCUAGCCAGUACCUGGUUUGCAAUUAUUUCAACUUUUAGCCUUGUGCCUUUGCUGGCGAAGGAUGGUUUGAUUAUUCCGUACGUUGCCCUAAGUUCCUUGUUUCUCAUUGGAGUUAUCAGAGCUUAUGAAGAGUUGCUGUUGUCGUUUAAAAGUAAACAGACUUCAGUUGCAAGUCUCCUUUUUUGCCUUUCUCUUUCUGGCUGCCUGGUCCUGGUCUUCUCAAUGUUCACCAUUCAGCAACCGGCACGUUAUCCCCACCUCCAUGUACUCUUAAACUGCAUUUAUUCUGCCAUUCAUUUCAUUGGAUUUGCCAUUUAUUUUAACUACUUGCAGUUUAGAGAAAUGCCAUGGACAGUAUGUAAAGGAAAAAAUAAGGUCAAGUAA